GUCACGUGGGCCGCCGGCGGCGCGACUCUCGGCCCAGGGCGCCCAGCAGCCGUCGGCUCCCGCGACCGCCGCCCCUGCCCCUCGCCAGAGCCGCCGCCAGGUGCACCGCCGCCAGGUGCCUCUUGACGCGCCAGGCUGGGGCCUCCUCUGAGCGCCCCGUGGGGGCCAUGGAUGGCGAGACAGCUGCGGACCCGGGGGGGCCGGCGCCCCGGCCCGGUGCACCCAGCGGGCCCAGCUUGGGCGGUGCUCUGGCCCUCGGGGUGCGGCGGGAGCCGAAGAAGUACGCUGUAACUGAUGACUACCGGUUGUCCAAGCAGGUGCUGGGCCUGGGUGUGAAUGGCAAGGUGCUCGAGUGCUUCCAUCGGUGCACUGGGCAGAAGUGUGCCUUGAAGCUUCUGUACGACAGUCCCAAGGCCCGGCAGGAGGUGGACCACCAUUGGCAGGCCUCAGAUGGCCCUCACAUUGUGCGCAUCCUGGACGUGUAUGAGAACAUGCAUCACGGCAAGCGUUGCCUCCUCAUUGUCAUGGAAUGUAUGGAAGGCGGUGAAUUGUUCAGCAGGAUUCAGGAGCGUGGUGACCAGGCUUUCACUGAGAGAGAGGCUGCAGAGAUCAUGAGGGAUAUUGGCACUGCCAUCCACUUCCUGCACGGCCAUAACAUUGCUCACCGAGAUGUCAAGCCCGAAAACCUGCUCUACACAUCCAAAGAGAAAGACGCGGUGCUCAAACUCACUGACUUUGGCUUUGCCAAGGAAACCACCCAGAAUGCUCUGCAGACACCCUGCUACACUCCCUAUUAUGUGGCCCCUGAAGUCCUGGGUCCAGAGAAGUACGACAAGUCAUGUGACAUGUGGUCCCUGGGCGUCAUCAUGUACAUCCUCCUGUGCGGCUUUCCGCCCUUCUACUCCAACACGGGCCAAGCCAUCUCCCCAGGGAUGAAGAGGAGGAUCCGCCUGGGCCAGUAUGGCUUCCCCAACCCAGAGUGGUCAGACGUCUCUGAGGAUGCCAAGCAGCUGAUCCGCCUCCUGCUGAAGACGGACCCCACGGAGAGGCUGACCAUCGCACAGUUCAUGAACCAUCCCUGGAUCAAUCAAUCAAAGGUGGUGCCACAGACACCACUCUACACAGCCCGUGUGCUGCAGGAAGACAAAGACCACUGGGAUGAAGUCAAGGAGGAGAUGACCAGUGCCCUGGCCACGAUGCGAGUGGACUAUGACCAGGUGAAGAUCAAGGAUCUGAAGACGUCGAACAACCGGCUCCUCAACAAGCGGAGAAAAAAGCAGGCAGGCGGCUCUUCGGCCUCGCAGGGCUGCAAUAACCAGUAGCUCAUGGGGCCAUGGAGGAGCCUCUCCUCUCAGCCGGGAGGACAGACUGGAGCAUGUGGAGGCCUGGGCCGGGAGGGCCCAUGGUUAUUUUUUUAACAAAAGGAUUAUUUUUUUGUUUUAAUUUGUCAUUUGCAACUUUAGGAUGGGAGCCCUGACCCAAAUCUCCUUCAGAGGCUCAGUGCAGGCCCAGGCCCUCAGGAGGACCAGAGCCUAAGGACUGGAGAGUGUAGGCCUGAAGGGUCCCAGGGAGAGCUGCCUGCUGCAGCUGCAUCACCUUUGGCCAGGGUGGCCUGAGUGACGCCUCAGCUUUGUUCUGCCUUGGGGCGUGGCCUCUGCCUUCUAGGCCACUAGGAGCUGUGGUCAGGCCUCCCUUCUUCCAUAUAGAGACUCCCCAUGGGGUGGGCAGGCCAGCCUGGCCUUGGGAAAGACAUCCGGCCACUGGUUGCCAUGGUGACCAGGGACAGUGUUGCUGUCUGUGAAUGCUGAGUGAGCAAGGGAGAGAGAAGGGAAAAUCAAGGGUCUACCCCUGUCUUCUUGGGGUGGCCGGUGUCCCUCGCACCAGUUGCCCCUCUCAGGUUCACCCCUCUUUGGUCUCUCUUAGGCUGCUUAGUAGAGUCAGCCUGCCUUCCUGGGUGGUCCAGCCCUGCCUUGCUGCACCCCCAGCCCCGAUGGCCUUGGAGCUCUUCCCCCACAGAAGUCCCUGGGCCCAGCCAUCCUGUCACGAUCACCUACUCAAAGGAUGGUCUCUCAUCUCAUCUGAGAGUGGGGGUAGGGUGCUUUCAACCCUUUUCCACUUAGGAAUAUAUCACUGUGACAGAAGCUGUAUGGUCUCCCUGCCCCCACCUGCUCACUGGAUCUCAGCAGGCAAGCCCCUCUCAGUGCCUCAUCCCCCAUCCUGUCCUGGGAGAUGGUGGGGGCUGCCCCUUGGUUCCCUUUUGUGAGAUUGCUGGUGACCAUGGGUGGCUAGGGGCAAGGUCAAGAAGCUUACCUUUAUUCAGGGGUUUCUUUCUAUACUCUGGGUCAGAUCCAAGGCGUGGAGGGCUGCUGCAUGAUGCCCAGAAGGUCUGGUCCUGGCUUUGGCUUGAGUCAGGGCAGAGGCCCUUUCCUUGCUGGGCCCAGGCUUACCCAACCCCACCCUGCCCAGGGCAGCCUCAGGGUGGUGAGUGCCUGAUACAGGCCUGACAAGUGCCUGACACCCAGCCUGAUUUCUGGCCUCUCUUACUGGCUGGGAGACCCCAGACCAUGUCAGAUAGGACAAUGGACAACACAGUUGGGUUUUACAUCCAGGUAUUAAUAAACAUCAUUUUGGCAUUUUC